AUGGAUGGGAACAGGGACGAGGCAGAAAGAGGCCAUUCCACACGCUUCGCACGCCCAAAAUCACGUGGUGUCAGCACGACCACCCCCCAACCAGCCCACGAUGCGCUGUCAAUAACCGCGGGGUCGAGCUCCGUCACCAUCACUACCCGGCCAGCCGGCAGUUACUCGCCGCGGGAUGCUCCGCGGUGCUUAUCGCAAAGACACCAGAGCGGCCCCUCGGAUGAGCCAGCCCCGGGAGAGGAGCCAAAGGGCCCCAUUCCCAUGGCUGGGGGGAGCAAUCCAAGCCAGGGAAGCCCGGGCGCCGCGCAGCAAGACGGUGAUUCUGUAACGGCGCACCAGCACCAUGGAGAGGAGCAUUCGGCCCCGUUUCCGGGAACAGAGUUCGGCAUCUCCAGGCACUUUUCUCGGCCGCCACCACCACCGCCAUUGACACCCCCAACACUCGACAGCACUUUCUUCCCCUUUGAACACCGCCGUCCGAGCGAUGCGGUCUCCAUCCCUCCAUCGUUCGACUCCAGUUUCAUCCACCAGCCAAAUCCCGAGUAUGGGGCAGCCUCCAACCCCCUGGAUAGCCCGAAUCUGAGCUCCAGCCCACCGACGGCCGCCGGCACGCUCCCUCGGCUAACAUCGUACACCAGGAGCGUCCCCGUCGGCAUGCCAGGGCUCACCACAACUGCCUCUGCCGCCUCUUCGUCUAACGAGACGAUGACAUCAGGGAGCACGACAGCCUCCUCUUUCUCCCCUUCCAGCUACCCACAAGCAUCCCCACUACUCCCCCCACCACCGCCAGGUCAAUUCGAACCACCAAUGCCACGAACGACGUCAUCUGGACCGUCUGCGCCACCCAAGUACCAAUUCGUGGGGGGCCCGGGCGGGCCCGGUGUGUUGCUGUCACAGCAUGAAAUUGACCUGCAGGGCGAGGUUAUAUCGGUGGUGGAUGAUGCUGGGCACGGGUGGAAGCGCCAUACGCGGGUGUAUGGCGGCGGUGUGUGUUUGGCGUGUGUCGCGGCACAGAGGAGGGGGGAAGGCCGAGGGGGGUUUUAUGGGGACAAAGUUCCGUUGGAAGAUCGGAGGUAG